AUGCGCUUAUUCACCGGCAAACCGCCUUCAAUUUUCAUCCUCGCCGUUUUCCUCACCGCCCUUCUCCUCCCCGCCGCCCGAUCCGACCCUAAUCUGCUGAAGCUGCCGUCUGAUCAGCCAGAAAACGACCUCUGCCCGUUGAAUUCGGAACCGUAUAUGUGCCCCGUAAAAUGCUUCCGGCCCGACCCGGUUUGCGGGGUGGACGGCGUGACCUAUUGGUGCGGCUGCGCAGAGGCCCAUUGUGCGGGAGCGCGUGUGAAGAAAUUCGGUUAUUGUGAGGUCGGCAAUGGCGGGUCGGGCCCCGCGGGGCAGGCUCUUUUAUUGGUUCACAUCAUAUGGCUAAUAUUGCUCGGGGUAUUCGUAUUGUUUGGGCUGCUUUGA